AAAUGACCGAAAUGGGUACGUCUCUGAGCCGAGAGAACAUGUGAGCGAUUACGACGUGGCUGUGACAGCCAUUUCAACGCGCGAGCGUAAAGAUGAAGACUCGGCCUUCUGUUUUUGCAGCGAUACUGCUGAAAUUUGGUCACGCGGCUUUUUGCUCGACGCGGG